GAGAUCCUGGCCGCCACGGUGCUCGCGUCGAUGAGCCCAGACAGCUACAGCAACCGCGAGAUGCUGAACACGCGACCCCUGUGCGUCAGCUUCUGGUCCCGCUUCUCCGCCGAGGAAGAGGAGCAGCUGAAGCUGGAGCGCGUCGCGGUGGAGGCCCGGCAGAAGAAGGAGCAGGAGGAGCGCGAGGCGGAGGAGAAGCGCAUGGCGGAGCAGGAGGCCCAGGAGGCGGCGGAGCGGGCAAAGAUCCAGGCCGAGGAGGCGGAGAAGGAGGCGCAGGCCCUGGCGGAGGAGAAGCGCAAGGAGGAGGCCGAGAAGGCCGAGGCGGAGGCGGCGGCGGCGAAGUUGACCGAGACGCAGCAUCAGGAGGAGGCGGCUGCUGCGAGCGCGGCGGCCGCUGCCGUUCCCGCCGUCGCCAACGCGACCGCCCAGGUCGCUGACAGCGCCCCCGCGCAGAACGCCACCCCGGCCCUGAAUGCCACGGCGCCGCAGGCUGCGGUCUCCGCAGACGCCGCGGCUGCGGACAACGCCACGGUGCCGAACGCGACCGCCGCUGCCGAGAACGCGACGGCGACGGCCAAGUGAGUAGGCGGCAGGCGCAUCUACUCCCAAGACCACGUGCUGAUCCUAUCCAUCUGCUCCCCGGGCCCCUCACUCUGGUGGCCCGCCGUCGUGGGCCGUGUGCAGAGCUGCCUUGGGCCUCUGGCCGCCCGGGCCCUUCUUGUCAUGGCUUCUCGACCGCCGUCCUGCACCGGCCAGCGAAGCAGGGACGCAGGGGAGGCGAGACCGGCGCGGACACCUGGCGGCACCGCGGUGGCCCGAGAGACCCCACGCUCGAGAAAGUA